AUGGCUAGUUUCAUUGCAAAACAACUCAUUGGAAACCAAUUGGAUUCAGUGAAAGGUGCUUUGGGUGAUAAAAAAGAUGAAGGAGAAGGUGUCCUUGGCGGACGUAAAGAAAUCGAUCCAGAAGUGGAAGCAGCAUUACGUGAAGCCGAAGAGAAACGAGAGGCUAAACAUCGUAAAAUGGAAGAAGAAAGAGAAGUAAUGCGUCAGGGCAUCAGAGAUAAAUAUGGAAUUAAAAAGAAGGAAGAAGAAAUUCCAAAUGAUUUCGAUUUUUCAAGCCCAGAAGGUCGUCUUGGUCGUAAACGUAAAACACCAGCUGAACUGGCUGCUGAAGCGAAUGAAGCUGAAGAUGAAAAUAUUUUGACAAGUAUGUUACCAGAAAAUAUGAGAAAUAUGGCGAAUAAAGUGACAGAAGUUCCUGGAAAACUCAUUUCAGAAGCCAGCGAAAAAUGUCUUCUCAUGUAGUGGACAAUAAUAACCAUGCAUCAUUGACUUUUACAGAUAUGCAGUAUACAGCAUAAUCGAACAAAACGGACAAACAAAUUCAUGAUUAAAACAUCGUAAAGCUCUCCAACAGAAAAAAAUAACGGUUCACUACUUAUCGUAAUACACAUUUCAAUACAUCUCUUGUCAUCUCUUUGAUCGAAAAACAUUUAUUUAUUUUCGAAACACGUAGAUCAAUCAAAACAUUUUUACAUAUUAUAAUGCUCAGCAGUGCCAUUCAUUAUACAUAUAUAUAUUUACUCUAAUAUUAACUUAGUGCCUGAUGAUUGGAUAAUUUAACAUGUCUGUAUAACGAUAGUGCAGUGUGACCUUGAAUUGAUAGACUGAGAGCGUAUAUUGUCUACCAAUCAUUUCAUUUGUUUGUCUGUCAUUCAUUCACUCUUCAGGAGUAAACGAUUGGCUAUCAGGAUAAAUCGAUAUUUAAUUGAUUAUUUUGGUUAUACGUAUAUAUACAAACAUUGCAUUUACUUCCUUCCACACGUCAAAUUCAUCAAGUUUUAUUUUGGUUUAGUGUGCAGGUAAUUAAUUAGCAGUUGUUAGUGUUAAAAUUGUAAGACGUCAAAAAAAAUAGUUGUGAUUCAUUUCAUAUAUUCUGCUUUCAAAUUAUUAAAUCUGAUUUAUGUAAUUAUAUUUAUUCAUUUAGUGAAUUAAUUAUUUAAUUAAUUUCAUCAUCAUAGCAUUUGGACGAUAUUAAUUAUUGUUUAAAUGACUUUUAUUGAAUUGCUUAUUUACUUAUUUAUUAUUUAAUUAUUUAUUCAUUGAAUUAAAACCAGAUUUAAAAAUAUACCAAAACAAACCCAUGUGAACAAUGCAUAAUUCGAA